UUUUAAUAUGAGCAAAGUUGUGCAAGAAGGUUAAAUAAUAGGAAAAGUGUAUUAAAACUACAACAUAAACAUAAACAAACAUGAGAAACAUUAUAAUCUAUAUUCUUUCUAGAUAAUUUAAAACGAUUGACUUCAUAAAAUAUCGCGGUUGAUUUAAAAUACUUAGGCGUGCGUGGGUGAAGAAAUCUUAAAUAUGAAGCCAGGUAAGAGUUUAGAAACUAAAGAGGAGAUAGUAGAAGUCCACACAGCGGCUCGGUCUCCAUCGCCGAAGCAGAAAGGCCGGGAACAGUCACUAAGUCGUUCGGAUUCACGUAAAUUAUCUAACGGACAUGCUCAUCCAGAAAACCCUGAACUAACAACUGAGGAACCAACAGAGAAGGCAAAGUCCAGAGAUAACUGGACGAAAUCAGAACAGGAAUCACUUGAUACAGAAUUGCCGAUACAUGAUCAAAUAAAAAUGGGCAUACUCGGUUUCGUUGAGAAGGAAAUCAAAAAGUCAGAUAAAAAUCCUUCGUUUGUGUUUUAUUCUCAUGAUCCUAAUGGGUUAGAUGAGAAGUUUAUGAAGACUUUGUCAAGACCUUCUAGUGGUCACAAGGAGAAAAGGAGUCCUUCAUAUAGAAAAAAGAAACGGCAUUCAUCAAAACACAGAGAUAGAGAAUUGCAUGAUUUUGAAAUACCUGGUUCCAGUCUUAUAGCCUUAGAAAAGGUUGAUGACUAUUUAAAAGAAUACAAUAAAGAAGAGGUUGUCACUCUUAGUGGUGAAUUGGAGAUUGAAGCGAAUGAUGUUGAAAAUAAUAAUGGUAUGACAAAAGAGCUGAGGCACAAGCCACGGAAGACCAGGCGGAAAGUAAGAGAGGAACAUCAGGAUACUGUUGCCAACGGGAGGGAUGUUAACCCUAAAGUUUUCAAGACUGGUACCCGGGCAAAGACAAGUGCUAAAGCAACCCGACCCACAGAUCUAACUUCUAUGUUAGAAAGCUUAGAAGCUAGUGUCCCAUAUCAUGAACAAUAUAUUGACAAUCCAUUUUCAUCACCAUCACCACUUACAUCACCAAAUGAUGAGAGACUGGAUCCCUUUGGUCGUAGGCCUGAAAAGAUAUACUUGCAAGGCGGUGGUACUUUUAGGGCGGUGUCCUGUGAUAGAAUAUUAGAGUCACAACAAUCAAGGGAUGAAGAUAAAUACUUAAGAUUAGGUGAUCUUACUCCAUUAGAUGUUGCAAUAGCCGUCCAGAAGGCUUGGCGUAAUUGCGCGCCAGCCUGUCACGGUAUACUUGGCGGGCUGUCCCUCAUGCAUCUCCUACUUAUAAGCUACUCGGACAGCUUGGACGCUGGUCACUUGUCGUUCCACGCAGUGGUCACAAUGCCAUAUGUAGCGUCUUACUAUUUCUUCUGUGUACUGAGUUUGUUGUCUGUGUUGGACAGAUUAGACGUAACCAGCAUUGACCUGACCCGUGGUCUUCAACCAUGGUUCCAACCCAUCGUCCUUGUCAUCCUGUACACGGCGUGUCUGUUGGUUUGCACCGCUGCCAGGAUGUAUGAUGAGCUGAUGGUAUACCAGUAUGCACCAUUGGUAGCCAAUUUUACUGGCAACGUCACAACUCCUACAAUACCGACAUUUUAUCAUACAUGGACGCACUUUUCGAUAUGGCGCGCAGUGUUGUCGAUACUAGGGCUAGUUUACUUCGUCAUAUCGAAUCCUCAGGACUUGGUACACAUGAAUCUCAAUAAACUUUUGCAAUUUAAACAUACAUUACAAAGUAUUGGAUGAUUGAUUUGUUUUGUUUUAAUAGAAAACAAGCAAUGUAUUAUAUUUGACAAAACAAUAUUUACAUACAAAUAUGGUUUAAUUAGUAAGAGGUAGUGGAAUGUAUAUUUUCAUUUCGGUUACAAUGUUAUCGUGAACGAAUAUUAUGAUAUUAAACCAAAUAUAAUUCUAAUAUAAGUAUUUUUUAAAAUCAAAUACUUUAUCCAAUAUUAUCAUGACGAAUGGCAGACACUUGUUUAAAGUUUUUAAAUCUAGCAUUCGUUUGAGAAGAAUUACAUUAAAUGCGAGAAGUACCGAAGACAGAAGUUUAACAGGUGGGCUAUGUUUUUAAUUUGUUAGUUUUAUUUGAACCGUUAGCACAAAAAAUAUUGAUGUAUUUUUUUUAUUUUUUAUUUGAAAUUAAUUAUUUAU